AUGCAGCGUCUGGUUGCGGGCCUCGGAAGGGCACCCUUCCUGGCCGCGCCUCUGGCGGUCGCUGCACACCCGGCCAACCCCCAGAAUGGCGCCGGACACAGGCUGGCCGUGGAGGAGACCCAUGACGGCUUUGUGAACAUCGGUUUCGAGCAGCCAAUCAUGCACCACGAGGUGUCAGGAGCGCUUGUGGACCUGGCAACCCUCGGUGGCGGCCACAGGGCCCCCACCAGCGCUUCCCUGCCAGGCCCAGCAUCCGCGGCGCCGCUGAUUGAGGAGGUGGACUGCGAGAGCGAGGCCAGCAGCGAGGGCUCCGACCUGAAUGCCAUGAUCGCCUCCUUCGACUCCCACUCCCCACACAGCCCCUGCUUCGAGCCCGCUGGGGAGGGGGCCAGCGCCAUGGACCUCCUGACCGCCUCCAUCACCAACCUGCUGAACAACGACGCCGUGGUGAACGCCAUCAGCUCGCAGCUGUCGCGAGACCCGGCCUUUGUGGCGCUCAUGGACCGCUUCGACGCCCCCAACCCGGGCCUGCCCGCCCCCGCCCGCAUGCUGCUGCUGGAAGAGGUCACCGGCGCGGGCGACGCCUACCCUGCCCCCAGCGGCGGCGAGGAGGGCGCCAGCCCGCUGGUGCUCCUGCUGCAGGGCAUCCAGCGCGGCGUCGCGGUGGCGGCUGGCCGCAUGGGCGAGGCCUUCUGCCACCUGGGCAACCUGCUGCGCGGGCUGGGCGAGAGUCUGUCCGGCGCCCUGGCGGGCAUGGAGGGAGCUGCGACCCCGGCUGGCGGGGCCGUCCUGGAGGGUGCCCAGCGCGGCGCUGGCAACUUCCAUGCCGCCAUGGGCAAGGUGGCCUGCGCUGUGGCGGUGCUGGUGCUCACCCGACGGAUGGCCCUGGCUCGCAUGGUUGUCUAG